GAGAGGCAGCGCUUUUGGGCGACUGUCCCAUUUGUAUCGGGGAGGACAAGAAAGACUAGCACAAAGCCCAUCACAAUCGAAGAGCAGCAGCAAGACGGCACCAGGUGCUUCUGCUCACGGUUUAGAUAAUUGCGGAAUUUUGUAGUUUAGUUACGUGCAAAGUGUAAAAAAUUGCAGUUAAACGGUGCUAAAAUGCAACAUGUUCAAAUGUAAUACUAGAUCGCGAGUGAAAAAGUACUGCAUCACAGUAGAAGAACCGUUCGUAGUUAGUGAAAAAGUUUUCUCUCCCUUGUCGAAUGAUCUUUUUUUGUUCUGCUCUGAAGAGGAAAAAAGAGCCCAUCGCCGCCGUCGCCGUCGUCGUCGGCUAGCAGCCGCAGUAGUAGAAGUAGCAGCAGAAGCAGAAAGCAAAGGCAGCAGCAGAAGCAGAACCUCUGCUUUGCUGAUGAAAAUGUAGCCCAUUUUUGGCUGAAAAAGGGCCGAAAAGCGUGAAAAAGUGUAAAAAUAGUGAAACCAAUUGUGUGCAUUGUGAAAUAUGUGCAACAUCAGUGCAGUGACCGUGCACCAGCAAGUGAACAAUUUUCUGAUUCCUCGCAGGCAGGAAUUCGAGGUGGAAAAAUCAAUACUAAUAUAAAAAUUAACAAUGGCGGCUGUUUAGUUCGGGGAGGAGCUUUAAAUCGAUUCCUCAUAGAAUAAAACCUACACAACAUGGUGAUAUGAGUAACUUACACAAAUAAUUUAAUUGAUAUUAAUAGCGAAAAAAAAUAUUAGCAGCUGAGAGAAUAGCUACUAGCAAUUGAAAAAUUAAGAAGACAAAAAUAGUAGCAAAUCGACAAACAACACAAUACAAGGAAAACACGAGGAGCUUUCGAUUUUCUCAUUUCUAAAAUGCACAGCAUGUUUGAGCAAACUAGCGAAAUUCAGCGUAAAGUCGAAAGGGUUAAACUAUUAAACAUUUCGCUCAAGCCGUUCAUUUUCUCUCGUGAUUAUUUUAACAUUCCUGCAUCAUCAUUUCUAUCAUCGACGCCGUUAUUGUCGCCUCGGUCGUGGUCGUCAUCGUCAUCGCAGUCGCAGCAGCGGCAAAACACAAAAGGACAUCGUGCCGCUGUUAGUGCGCCACACAACACCAGCAGCAACCGAGCGAUACCGUAUAAGUUGAUUGUUCAAACUUUUUUGGCCUUGUUCUUGGUAACAAAAUGCUGUGACGCAGCUAAGCAAGAUGCUUUACAAAGCGGCUCGGGGUGCGCUUUUCCAAAACGAUGGGAGGGACGAUGGUUUCAAUCCGGGGUACAACAGGAAAUUACUAUAGAAGGAUCAACUUUAAGUACUAGAGGAAGAUGUAUCGCUAGUGAGGGAGACAAAUUUUUAUUAGUGAACGAAAAAGGAUGUCAUCGAUGCGUUGUAAUAUACCAGAAGCAUAUAAACAUACUACAGUAUAAAGAAAGUGAGUGUGAAGAUAUGUAUACAGGCCAGUUGAAUCCGGCUGCAAUGCCUAUUCAUAGUGUUUUAAAAAGUGAUCAUAGUCGGGGGGCUCAUCCCAACAUGAACGGGCAUUCACGAUUAUCGUCAUCGGACCCGUAUACACGGUCCAAUGAAGAUAGCGACAAUUGUAUGGGAUGCAAGGGACGCGAAACGUUGCACUACCUUUGUGAGCAGAUCCCCGGCGAUGCGCUACUCUACAGUAUGUUCAAGAUCAACCCGGAACCCAUCAAAUGCCCGCUGGCCGGCUCGUUCACGUUCACAUACAACCGAGGUCACGGCGAGUGCAAGAAUCCGGUAUCCAAAAUGGAUAUGUGUACUGAGGACAGCAGGCUACUGCUAAACUUCCAGGCCUGUCCCGAUGUGCCGGGAACGGAAAGUACAGUGGAAGAACUGACCUGUCUCGCGUGGUGGAAAGACGGGAAUUCCCGGUAUCUAGUUGGUUUAGUUUCACACUAUCAUGCCACAUCGAACGAAGAUCGAUUCCGUUGCUUUGUGUACGAAAAGAUCAGCGGUUCAGGAGCAGCCAAUGCAGAUGCCGAGUACAAAUUGGCCCAGUCUGGUGAUGCCACUUGUAAUGGGUUGGAAAGUGCUGAGGUUGGCUCGCGUAUCAUGACUCUGAAACGAGCACCGUUGACGGAACGAUGUGAUUUUCCGGCAUGGUUCAAAGGUCCUCGACACUGGCAUGCAUUGAUGGGGAACGCCAAUUACAUUUUCCAUCCGAGCGACGGCUCGUUACACAUCGUGAAACCAAGUGGGUAUAUGGAGGCGCGGGCGCUUUGCGAGCAGAUCAACAAACAAACGGCCACGGAGAUGAUGGCCGUCGUUCAUCACACAACCGGAUGCACAUCUGGCUACAUGUGUGUGAUGUUCUACCGGCGAGAUACUCACGUAGCUGAGCUACAGAUGGGAACGCCUGCAGUUAGACUGGAGGAUGCGUGUACGACCGAGAAUUUUGACGUACAUCGGACUCCGUUUGUUACUCUAUUAGCAAACAACCCGGAGACCCAAAUCUGCCCGAUGGAGGGGUACUAUUCAAUUAAAGGUUUCCUCAUACCUUCCUCGUCUAUUUCAAGGCACAAACGAAACCACAACAACAAAAACCGGAUGCACAGGCACCGGGAGGUGGUUAGCUUCCGCAAUCAGGAGAAUGCGGAUAGCUACUACUACAGCAGUAUGGAGAAGCGAAAAGCUUUCUCGCGAAUGAGGCGAACAGCCGCAGCAGCACAGGUGCUGCAGCAGCCUAGUGAUAAUGUCACGCAAGACUUUUACAGUUUAGAAUCUGCCCGAACUCGUAGAGAAACGAUGGGAUGUAAUAUUAAUCACAAUACCAACAGACGUUUAUACAUAGGAUGUAAUGAAAACACUGUAAUAGAAGUUAAGCCAAAAUGUAAAAACGACGAAGAGGAAACGUAUACCUGUCACGGCCACUGGCAGGAAAAUCAGACGACGUUUAUUAUUGCCAAGCAUCUCAGCUCACAGCAUGGCGUUUGCAUUAGCUACGUGCCAAUCGAGGGAAACCAGGUGCAAGUAUACGUAGGUGAUACAUGUCACCGGCCCGGGAUGCAGCAGACUGAAAUUGGCACAUCGACGGCGUCAGGCGGCGGCGGCGGAUUCAACGGUGGCAAUAGUGGUAGUGUAGUGACAACUACCCAUAAGACUAUGUCAAAUGUUACCGUCAUAGGCAAAUGCGGCGACACUAGCACAUCGAUUACGCUACAUUACCGUUUCAAUGGCUGGAUGAUUCUCACUGUACUAUCGAUACUGUUGUAUAAUUCUAUCGUAAGAUGAUCACAUUGUACAAUUCAAUGAACAACAACAGCACACACCCUUGUCUGAUAUUAGAUGCGCAUAGUUGUCUACUAUGCCCGGGAUAAAAUCUACUAAAAAAACAAAUGCAAACACGGUGAAUCUUAACGACAAAAAGACACACACUCAACGUAUAAAACUGGUAUAAAAACGGUGUACAUCCAUGUACAAAGUGAAAGAGAGACAGAGACGUAGAUCCCAAAUAAAUUUAUAACUUUUUUUUAUUGUUUUUAUCACAUUGUUUUCUUUUUUUACCUUUUUCCAUCUAUAACGAAGAAAUCUCUUCCUUUCUCGAUCGGUUUCACUUAAGUGAUGGUUUAGCGUAAGGAAGCAUAUUAUGUAUACAAAGAAAGAAAGUUAGGACGUUAGCGGGAGAUGAUCGGAACAGUUGUAAAUUAUCAGUAUAACAAUGUAAUAAGGGAAUCUGGCCGCGGGCGCUCGCCUUUUAGCAAACCGCACCCGUUGUUCGCCUAAACCUACUUUUGCGUCACGAGUAUCGUCAGUGCAGAGACAAAAUGUACAUUUUUGAAAUCUCUUUUGCUUAAGCUCUUCGUGUUAAAUUCACCAAAACAUAAACAAUUAACCUCUAUUAAAUGUGAUGAUUGUGAUUGUGCGCCCUACUCAUGUGCUUCGGUUGAACUCUAUUGCCAGAAAACAAACAACACAAAAAACUUCGCCUGUUGUCCGAUAAAUUCACCAAAAAAAAAGUAAAUUUAUCGUUGUUUUGUGUUAUUUUACUUUUACUAAAGUCUAGCUUGUUCAUUACUUCACUCCAAAGCCAUACACUUAAAUACUGCCAGCACGUACUUUUAGUGUGUUUUACAUUCAAAUCACAUUCACAUACACACAUACACAAACAAACACACAUUGAAACGCAACCAAGUAUAGUGGCAGCAAAACAAAAAUUUAACUAAACAAUGCGGAUAAUUAAGUCAACGAAUUACAUUGCGCUUACGGUACUCCGAAAAGAAUUAAAACAAAAAAAAAAAUGGAAUGAAACAGAGGAACUGUAUAAGAAAAUUAUUGAAUUAUCCGUUUUAUCUUGACUUAUGUAUCCAAGGUUUCCUAUAAAUGAGAAAAAAUAAGUGAUGAGGUAUGUGCAGAACUAAACUAAAUAAACUAUGUAAACAAAGAAGACACAAUUCGACUAGAGCGAGAAUGAUUGACUAAAAAGCAGAGAUUAGCGGAGUAUAGGAACGGAACGGAUGGUGAUUAUGUUUCAUUAAAAACGAAUGUGCUGGAAUAAAAACUGAAGUUUUUAAGAUGAAAAACCACUACAAGCAAGUACUCUAGGCUUUUUAAAUUAAAUUAUU